AUGAGAUACUUCCUUGGUCUUGAAAUUGCAAGAAAUAAGGAUGGUAUCAUGGUAGGUCAAAGGAAAUUUGCUUUGGAUCUUAUAUCAGAUUUUGGUCUUGCAGGGACCAAACCAAUUAGCACUCCUUUGGAAGUCAAUCAAAGGUUCACUAGUCAGGACUUUGACAUGAAUUGUGAGUCUCAUGAACCACAUGAAGAUGUAAUUCUUAGUGAUCCCACAGGCUAUCAGAAACUAGUUGGUAAAUUGUUAUACCUCACCAUGACAAGGCCAGACAUCAGUUAUGCAGUACAGAAUCUUAGCCAGUUCAUGCAUAAGCCUAAGAAAUCACACAUGGAGGGGGCAUUAAGAGUGAUCAGGUACCUAAAAAAUGCACCAGGUUUGGGAGUUAUGCUGUCAUCAAAGGCUUCUAAACAACUUUCAGUUUAUUGUGAUGCUGACUGGGCUACUUGUCCUAUGACAAGGAGAUCUGUGAGUGGUUUUGUGGUGAAGAUUGGAGACUCUUUAAUUUCGUGCAAAUCAAAGAAACAGAACACUGUAUCAAGGAGCUCUGCUGAAGCAGAGUAUAGAAGCAUGACUAAUGCUGUAGCAGAAGUUGUGUGGCUAGUAGGUCUAUACAAAGAAUUGAAAGUGGAGCUGGAGUUACCAGUUAAGUUGUUUUGUGAUAGCAAAGCAGCACUUCAAAUUCUUGAGGGGGAGUAUCGAAGACGGCAAUAG